UUCCUAACCAGUGCUAUAAAAUAUUUUAUGAAUUACGGCAUUUUCGAUCAUAUUCUCAGAUUUUGCUGCUUGAUUUCGUUAAUCUCAGUAUGUUUAAAUACACCACAAACGAUUUCAUAUUUUCCUUCGUUGUUUUACAUUAUUUGCUUUACUGAUGGCAUUAUUACUAUUUUAUUUCUUCUCGAAGCUGUAAUUAAAAUUGCUACUACAGGAUUAUUUGCGACUGAAAACAGUUAUUUGAGAGAGCGAUGGUGCCAGUUUGAUUGUUUUCUUCUGUUCUUACAUAUCGUCUCAGUAGGUUUGACUGCUUUCGAGUUAUUUACCAUAUGGUUUCCACAGUUUGGCUUAGUUUAUAAGCAGUGGUAUGGAGUUAUUCGAUCACCGCGUCCAUUCAUUAUGGUUCGAUUUAUUAGAUCCAUAAUACGCUUCAAACUGCCCAAAAAUCGUAUUCAGCAAAUCAUCAAACGUUCAUCGCAACAAAUCCAGAAUGUCACAAUUUUCUUCAUGUUUUUUAUGGCAUUUUAUGCUAUUAUGGGAGUGCAGUUGUUUGGUCGCAUGGAUUAUCACUGUGUACUUCCUGGAACAAAUAUUUCCAAUGUAACGAUUGCUGAUCUUGCAAUACCCGACACAAUGUGUUCACAGAAAGGUGCUGGCGGUUAUGAAUGCCCUUCGAAUAUGGAAUGUGUUAAACUUCAUAUGAGUGCGCAUGCCGAAGGAUUCUAUGGAAUGUUUAAUGAUUUUGGAAGUAGUUUGUUCACUGUUUAUAUGGCUGCUUCUCAAGAAGGAUGGGUUUAUGUCUUAUAUGAUUGUCUUGACACAUUUCCAUCUUAUAUUGCAUUUUUCUACUUCGUAACUCUCAUAUUCUUUCUUGCAUGGCUCGUAAAGAAUGUAUUUAUUGCCGUUAUAACGGAAACAUUUGCGGAAAUACGCGUUCAAUUUAGCGAAAUGUGGCAAACACGUGAAAUAACUUCAGAAGACAACUUUACGCAGAGAUUAGAACUAACAGAAGAAGGCUGGAAAUUGGUCGCUAUUGAUAAAGCAAUUACACAUGAUUUGCAGUUAGUAAAAUCAACACCAUUUCAAUUCGCUAUGAUGGUUCUUUUGAUUCUUAACGCAAUUAUCAACGCUUCGUUUGUUUAUAAGCAUGAUGAAACGGAUGAAGAACGAAAAUUAAUUUAUUAUUAUAUUGAGGUUAUAUUCACGCUGAUAUUCAAUAUAGAAUGUGCUUUAAAGAUAAUGGGUAUUGGUUGGAAGGGAUAUGUUCGAAGAAGUUUAUAUAAAUUCGAAUUUAUCCUUUGCAUUGGGAGUUCACUGAAUAUUAUUAGACCGCUCUAUUCAACUAAUAUUUUCACGUAUUUUCAAGUUUUUCGUAUUGCUCGCCUUAUUAAAGCAUCACCAAUGUUAGAGGACUUCGUAUAUAAGAUUUUCGGACCCGGAAAAAAACUAGGUGGCUUAGUUAUUUUCACUAUGGUUUUGUUGAUUAUUACUUCGGCUAUAUCGUUGCAAUUAUUUUGUUAUGUACCAAAAUUGGAUAAAUUCCGCACUUUUCCUCAGGCAUUUAUGUCAAUGUUUCAAAUAAUUACUCAAGAAGGUUGGACCGAUGUUGUUGUCGAAAUACUUCGGACAACAAAUGAAUCGAUGGUUCCUUUCGUUGCAAUAUAUUUCGUUGGAUAUCACCUUUUUGUUACGCUAAUAGUGCUUUCGCUUUUUGUUGCCGUUAUUCUCGAUAACUUAGAAAUGGACGAAGAGCUUAAAAAAAUCAAACAACUGAAGGCAAGAGAAGAGAUAACAUGCAUGCGAACCACUUUACCAUGGAGGCUGCGAAUCUUCGAAAAGUUUCCGACUCGACCACAAAUGGUCGAACUGCGUAAAGCUUCAAGCGAAUUUCCCCUUCCAAAAGUUCGACAAAGUUUCACUCGACAAUUUACUGAGAAUGAUGGUAUUAUGAUGAAUGUAUUCGUUGUAAAUGGUAAUGGUUCUUUGAUUCUUUUGGUUCGACAAAUUGGACAACUUUCAUCAAAAUGGGCAGUACGAACUCUCAUCGAGGAAUCCAAUAACAAUCGAGCUUUAUUAUCCGAUUCAAAUCAAUACAUUCCGCAGCUUGGACGAAUUGGUACUCGACAUUGGCGAGAUUCAAGUCGUAUGCGAAAUCGAUGUACAGAUCCGUCAACGAAAUUGAAAGCAAUGUACGAGCAUUUUAAAGAAAAUGGAGAUGUAAGACCGGUUGAUUCGGCUCCUAAAGAUGACCUCAAGCAAGGUGAAAUAGACAUCAAGGCAUUGCAGCAAAAACGUCAGCAUGCAGAACUUACAAGAAAUCGUAUCGAGGAAGAGAUUCGAGAAAAUCAUCCAUUUUUUGAUCGACCACUUUUCGCGGUUGGUCGAGAUUCUCGUUUAAGGCGAAUUUGUCAAGAAAUAGUUUAUGCUAAAUAUUUACCUGAAAAAAUUGAUAAUGUUACUGGAAAGCAAAUUCAAAGGAGAUAUAAGCAACUUCACGCAUUAGUCGGCUUAUUAACAUAUCUCGACUGGACUAUGGUACUUAUAACUGCACUGUCUUGUGGUUCAAUGCUUUGUGAGAGUCCGUGGCCUACUACUGGAGAGAAUAUGAUAUUCAAUAAUCCCUAUUUGCAGAUCUGCGAAUACCUUUUUGUUGUGUCGAUGACGUUUGAACUCGCUGUUAAGAUUCUUGCCAAUGGAUUUAUAUUCACACCAAAUGCAGUGGUUCGCGAUGUUGGCGGUGUGAUGACUCUUUUCAUUUAUAUCACAAGUUUUAUAUAUUUAAUAUGGAUGCCGAACCAUGUCGAAAUAAAUUCACUAGCCCAAUUAAUGAUGAUAUUUCGCGCGAUGAGGCCACUACGAAUAUACACGCUUGUCCCACACAUACGAAGAGUAGUGGUUGAAUUAUGCAAAGGGUUCAAGGAGAUACUUCUCGUAACAAUCUUGCUUGUUGUACUUAUGUUCGUUUUCGCCAGCUUUGGUGUUCAAAUCGUUGGUGGCAAAUUAGCGGCUUGUAAUGAUCCAACAAUUACAACAAGAGAAAGGUGUACUGGUAUUUUUGAGCAAAAAAUAUUCGUCACUCGUAUGGAAGUAUAUGGUAAAAAUGAUGACAAUCUUCAUCCAAAAAUAUGGGUUCCACGAGUUUGGACCAAUCCAAGGAAUUUUAAUUUUGAUCACAUUGGCAAUGCAAUGUUGGCUUUAUUCGAAACGUUGUCCUAUAAAGGAUGGAAUGUUAUUCGAGAUAUUCUUUGGGUUCGACAAGGCCCUUGGGCCGUUUUAUUUAUACAUAUAUACGUUUUUAUUGGCUGCAUGAUUGGUCUAACUCUAUUUGUUGGUGUCGUAGUUGCUAACUACACCGAAAAUAGGGGAACUGCACUUUUAACAGUGGAUCAACGACGUUGGCAUGAUUUGAAAGCUCGUUUAAAAAUGGCUCAGCCACUCCAUGUUCCACCGAAACCAGCUGAAUCUGCAAAAUUAAGGACACGUUUAUACGAAAUCACUCUUAGCAAAUGGUUUAAGCAGGCAUUUGCCAUUCUUGUUGUCAUAAACUCGAUGACACUCUUCAUUCCAUGGAAUGUUGAAGAAGAAGAGAAUAGUUACAACUCAGUUUUAUUUAUGACAGGCUUAUCUGCUGUUGCUAAUAUUUUAUUUACUGUUGAAAUAUUCUUGAAAAUGAUAGCUUUCACUGUUCGUGGCUUUUGGCAAUCGAGGAGGAAUCGCAUCGAUCUUCUUAUUACUGCUUUGGGCUUAUUUUGGAUAGUAACACAUUUUGUAAUGGCUUUACCAGCGAGUGCUGUAGGUGGUCGAUCACAACUAAAAAAAUUUACUUAUACAUUCGGUUAUAUCGUUGUGAUUCUGCGAUUUUUCACAAUAGCAGGAAGGAAGACAACUUUGAAAAUGCUGAUGUUAACAGUUGUGAUGAGUAUGGUACGAAGCUUAUUCAUUAUCACGGCGAUGUUCUUAUUGGUGCUGUUUUAUGCAUAUGCUGGUGUUGUUCUGUUUGGGAUGGUGAAGUACGGGCAAGCAGUAUCGAAACACGUGAAUUUUCGAAGUCCAAAAGAAGCGUUGGUUGUUCUAUUUAGAAGUGUUACUGGCGAAGAUUGGAACGAUAUUAUGCACGAUUGUAUGAAAAGUCCUCCACUAUGCUAUUGGAAAGAAGGCGUAAAUUACUGGCAAACUGACUGUGGAAAUUAUUUCGGAGCGAUCUUUUAUUUUUGUUCAUUUUACUUAAUUAUAACUUAUAUCGUUUUGAAUCUUCUAGUAGCCGUUAUUAUCGAAAAUUUCUCGUUAUUUUAUUCAAGUGAAGAGGAUGCAUUACUCAGUUAUGCGGACAUUCGCAAUUUUCAGCAAGUAUGGAAUAUGGUCGACAUUGAACAGAAGCGUACGAUACCGGUUUGGCGAGUGAAAUUCCUUCUACGCCUACUGAAAGGUCGACUCGAAGUUGACCCAACAAAGGAUCGACUUUUAUUCAAACAUAUGUGUUAUGAGAUGUUUCGUAUCCAUAACGGCGAUGAUAUUUCGUUUCACGAUGUUCUGAAUAUGCUUUCAUAUCGAAGUGUUGAUAUUCGAAAAUCGUUGCAGUUGGAAGAGCUUUUACAACGUGAAGAAUUGGAAUAUAUAAUUGAGGAAGAAGUUGCUAAGCAAACAAUACGUUCGUGGCUUGAACGAUGUUUAAGGCGAAUUAAAGCCCAACAAAAUAAAGAUAUACCUCUUAUCGCUCAGCUGAGGCCAAUAAUCAAUGAACAACAAUUUGUACUUGUCCAGAACCAAAUUACAAAUCAAAUGAAUGCACCAGAUCAACCGGAACAAAAUAUGGAAACGAGUGAAAAUGACGAGAAUGAAUUGUUGAGGCGGAAAAUUGCGCGAAAAUCAAGGCGUAGUAGUAUACCUGAAAUUGUUGGGGUAUGUCUGAAAUAUUUCGGCGUCACAUGCGUAUUAUGA